AUACUAAGAAGAAGAAAAAACAAUUCAUAAGUGGUGGAGCUAUCCAGCGGACAAAAAAAGGAAAGGGAAAAAGAUGUACCAACUGCCAAUAGUUUCUGCUGGAUAUUUGAGAUAAUUGAAAGAAAUGGGAGGUUGCUGCUGUUGUUCUUCCAGAAGGUCUCAACUUAACGCGACACCAGUAUAUUACUAUUGCCCGCGGACAUCGGACGAGCGUGAACCCUUAUCAUCACACCAUGAUGCAGCCUCUGCACUCUCUACUGGGCUCCUAGUUGAUACAAAUCUGGAAAUAUCAACACCUGAUACUUACCAAGCACCUCCUACUCCCCUACCAUAUGAUGUGGAUUUAGGCCGUCCACAAACUCCUCCAGUCACUCAAGGAAGUAGUGCCAACAAGAGUGACAAUGUGCUGCAGUCCACAGAUACUGAAGCUGUUGGAGAAACAAUCAAUGGCAGUGGUUUUGAAACAUCAGCUGCGUGUGAAAGUGUGAAAGAAUCAGACUGCAAUAUUGAAAAAAAUUCUGCACUUGCCUCUAUAGAGGAGUCUGAGGUUGAACUCUCAAAGUUGAGUGAACCUAUUGUUUCAGCGGUUGAGGAGGAGGAUGUUUGCCCUACAUGUUUUGAAGAGUACGAUAAGGAGAACCCAAGAAUUAUCACAAAAUGUGAACAUCAUUUUCACCUUUCCUGCAUUCUUGAAUGGAUGGAAAGAAGUGACACCUGCCCUGUAUGCGAUCAGGAAAUGAUAUUCAACCAGUCAUGAAUGAGGAGAGUGGAGAGAAAAGUUUUUCGGUUGUAAUUAGAUGGA